UUCCCUUUCUACUUAUAAACAUUUUUGUACCGAAAUUUCAUUUUGUUGACAAAUUUUUUGUAAUAAGUUUCCAAUUAUCCCGAAACGAACUACUAAUGUGGUACAAGUAACAUUCGCAGUUGCUUCAAUUUUAUCAUUAUCACAUGAAAAAUAGAAUUAUGUAUAGAAUAAAUCUUCCUACGCGCAAAAGAUAUGCUUAAAAUGGAAACAGUUCAACCUUUUGAAAAACUUUCCAUUCGCGAUUCCGCAAAAUCUCUCAAGAAGUACGGAAGCACAAGCAGACAUACAAAUCGAAAUCAAAACGUAAUUAAGCAUGUGAUAUCAAAUACAGAUACGCUGCAAGGGAUUGCACUUAAGUACGGUGUAACGAUGGAACAGAUUAGAAGAUUAAAUCGUCUUUGGGCAUCUGAUAGUUUAUUUCUAAGGGAAAGUCUUUUAAUUCCCGUAACUGAUAUUAAUUCAUAUCCAAUCAAUGUGGAACCAGCAGCUUCUAGCAGCCAAUCCGAAUCGGACGAAGUGACCUCACCAUGCAGUAUAGAAGACGACGUUAAUAACUUUUUAGACAAGAUCGAUAAUUCUAUAGCGUGCACGAAAAGAGAGGUGAAAAAAUUUCGAAAUAGCGAGUUCACGUCGAGCUUAGAUGACAAUUACACAUCCGAUAGACACAAUCCUAGUGCACCAAAAAAGAAGCAGCUUAUUAACAAUAAUACAGUAACAAACGAUUCCUCACAAUCAAUGCUAACGCCACAGGGAUAUAAAUUACGUAAUUCGUUGCAGAGAUUGCAGGAUCAACAAGAUGCACUAUUUGAAUUAUAAAUGGUUAAGCGUGCAGUGUGAUUUCUGUAGUUCGGUAUUACAGAAUUUGGGGCAUUAUUCAUCAUUCACUUAUUUUUUCCUCUUUUUCUGUAAAAGGAGCAUCUAUUUAUUUUCAAUUCAUCUAACUCGGAAGAUCCGUAAUUUAAUUUAAUAGUUAGUGUAAAAAUAUAGUUUUUAUAGUGAGAAUAUUGGUCUAUUUUGAACUUCCUAACAUUGAACUGAAUUGUAGAAUUGUAAUAAUUCUGAAUAAAAGUAUUUUAAAAAUG